AUGGAUGUGGAUACUAUAAGAUCGAAGGCGGUUGAAUGCCACGAAGGAUAUCAGUAUAUUUUUGAUAAAAUGGGUGCUGAUCAAGUAACACAAUAUUUUAGAUGUCGCAGGAGGGACAUAAGUUGCAAGGGUCGUCUCCAUAUUAAAGGUGGAGUGAAAUUUGUUAAAGGCAACCAUGGCGGUCAUGAAGAAUCUCCUGUGGAUAUUGAGAUUGCUUCCACCAUCAGUAGAAUCAAAAGAAGAGCUGCAGAUACUAUGGAAGCACCUGCUGUAGCGAUCAACCAGUGUAUAGCGGGAUUAACAGUUGCUGGAAAAGGAGCGUUAUCAUCCAUUGAUACAUUAAAAAAAACUGUAAGAAGAGUUAGACGAGACAACGGACCACACAUUCCAAUUGCACCUUUGAACUUAUUUGAUUUGGAAAUUCCAAAUAGUUUCAAGGAAUAUGAAGUUGAGCCUGGUGUGUUUGAAAAUUUUUUAUUAUGUGAUACAGGAGCUGGAAAUAAUAGAAUUUUUCUAUUUGGUCGACAGAGGGGUUUAGAAAUACUUUCGUUAUCUCAUCAGUGGUUUGUUGAUGGAACGUUUAAAAUAGCUCCAUCUCUAUUUUCUCAAGUUUUUGUGAUUUUAGGAUGUCACAAUGGAGGUGUUCAUCCUUGUAUCUAUGCAUUAUUGCCUAACAAGAAUCAAUCAACUUAUACCCAGAUGCUUGUAGAGAUAAAGAAUUUAUCACCUGGUAUAAUUGCAGGAAGCAUAUCGGUGGACUAUGAGUUGGCUAUUCACAACGCUUUUAGGGCUGAAUUUCCCAAUGUAGAAAUUCGUGGCUGUUUUUUUCACCUCCUUCAAAAUUUAAAAAAACAGAUUGGAGCUGCCGGAUUGAUGGCGUAA